AUGUCUGAUGAAGAAAACCGCUGGAAAUGGAAUGCAUUUGUGGAAAUAGGAAACAAUAUACACAAGGUGGUAGGCAAGGAACUUAAAACUCGCAAAGCAAAAGUCGCUCUACUCCUUUCCGAUGCCUUAAUCCAAAGAGCGCUACGAACUGUACGAAACUCUUUUACUCAAAUAGCAGAGCAUCUGGAUGGAAACACUGAAGUCAUUCAAACUGCUGUCAGGGAAUACUUUCUCAUUCAACACGGCAAGGCAGGUCUUGACGCAGAUCUCUUUGAUAUUACAUUUUCUCCAAAAAAGAGCAGCAUUCAAACUGGAUUCACUUGUGAUGUCAACAAUGGAACUCAAAGUGUUUGCUAUUACAUCAAGACGCAUCAAUACGGACCAACAGAAGACAAUAUAAAAAGCAUCAAACCACCAGAUACAAAGGAGUUGUUUGUCUACAAGAUUCUGCAUCAUAUUGGAAUUGGUCCUCAAGUUCAUUUUAUCAUCCCAUCUCAUGGCACCAAGAAGACUAUCUACAUUGCCACCAAGGAUUGCCAUUUGGUCUUAUUGUCCAGCUUGACCAAGGAUACAGCAAACAACAAUGCUCUACUUCAAUUGGAUCUGAUAUCUCGCAUCCUCUGUCUUCGUGAUUGUGCUGACAACACUUCAAACUGUGGUCAAGUCGGUGAAAACCCAAUGAUUGUUGACUUUUGUAUUGAAAAGCAGUCGCAGGGUUAUGCCAAACUCGAUAUCCUGGACAAAUUCUACAAAGGAAACAGCGAAUUUCACUAUUCUGGAUUGAUGGAAGCCGCAAUCAAAACUACAAAAGCUGUCAAGAUGGAUAUUAUGAACAAGUCACUGCAGGAGUGA